AUGUUUCCCAAUUUCUGUUGGGUUUUCUGCUUGGCACUGGGUUGUCUCCCUCUGGUUUGUAGUUCGUGUCCAUCUCAGUGCAGCUGCUUUUAUCACAAGCUGAGUGAUGGAUCCAAGGCCAGGAGUGUUCUCUGCAACGACCCAGAGAUCUCACUGAUACCUGCAAAUUUUCCUGCGGAUACCUCCAAACUUCGAAUUGAGAAGACGGCAAUAAGGAGGAUUUCGAGCGAAACUUUUAAUUACCUCAACAAUCUGGAAUUCCUUUGGAUGUCUUUCAAUUCUCUGUCGUCUUUAAGUGUGGACAGUUUCCGUGGUUUGUACAGCCUGGACGAACUAAGACUCGAUGGGAAUGUCCUCACCUCUUUCCCGUGGGAAUCGCUGAUCGACAUGCCGAGCCUGAGGCUUCUCGAUCUACACAAUAACCAAAUUGCAUCAGUCCCAAGUGAAGCCACGAUUUACAUCAAAAACCUAACAUACCUGGAUCUAUCGAGCAAUAACCUGAUAACUGUUCCAUCAGAGGUUCUCUCAACAUGGUUAGCUGUAAAGCCCACUCCAGAUACAGAAAAUCCCAAAAUGAUUCUUGGCCUCCAUGACAACCCCUGGGCGUGUGACUGCCGGCUCUAUGACCUGGUCCAGUUCCAGAAGUCUCCGUCCUCCUCCGUGGCCCUCAUCGACACCAGGCUGCGCUGUUCGGACCCGGAGAGCCUGGCGGGGGUUCUGCUGGGCGACGCCGAGCUGAGGCGGUGUCAGGGCCCCAGGGUCCACACGGCGGUGGCGCGCAUACGCAGCGCCGUGGGCAACAGCGUGCUGCUGCGCUGCGGGACCGUCGGGGUCCCCGUCCCCGAGCUCUCCUGGGAGCGGGCCGACAGGAAGCAGAUGAACGGCACCGUUCUGCAGGAAAUCUCAAAGGAGGGAAUAGUCUGGUCCAUUUUAAGCGUACCGGCGGUAUCUCAUUCCGACUCGGGCAAAUACAUCUGCCGAGCGACCAAUUUCAUCGGCAGCGCGGACGCCCUCAUUUCAUUGGUCAUAACGGACGAUGUGAAGUCAGAGAACCUGACGGGCAGCUCGAAGAGAUUCAGGGGCAGGAAGCCAGCCGGGGUGGGCAAGGCGGCCUAUCAGGACAAGCUGGUGGCGAGGUACAUGGCCCCGACAACCACAGCGAUCAUGCCUAUCAUCGAGCCGCUAGGCGAGGAGAUCGACAGCGACAGCGUCUCUGACGACAGCGCAGCGAACGGGCAGACGGCCAGCCCGGCGGACAGCGACGGCCUGCUGGAGGCGGAGAGGGCCAUGCUGAGCAACCUCGCGGCUAACGCCUCCUCCCUGCAGCAGGCCCCCGAGAGGAGGGUGGUCAGGUCGGUCAAGGUGAUCGGAGACACCGACCACACCGUCUCCCUGAACUGGAGGGCGCCCAUGGCCACCAACACCACGGCCUUCAGCGUGCUCUACGCCGUCUUCGGGGAGAGGGACAUGCGGCGGAUCAACGUGGACCCGGGCAAGAACAGAAUCACCAUCGAGGGCCUGGUGCCAAAGACGAAGUACAUCGCCUGCGUGUGCGUCAAAGGGCUGAUCCCGAAAAAGGAGCAGUGCGUAAUCUUCUCAACAGACGAGGCCGCCAGCGCGAGCGGGACCCAGAAGCUUAUCAACGUGGUGGUGAUCACCGUGGCCUGCGUGAUAGCCGUGCCCCUGACUCUCAUCGUCUGCUGCGGGGCGCUGAAGAGGCGCUGUCAGAAGCUCCUGGGCAGGAAGUCCAAGGACAUCCAGGACUCCUACGUCACAUUUGAGACGCUGUCCCCGGGGACCAAGGCCAAGGGCCUGGAGGGGGAAUACCUGAGAAGGUUGCACCCAGACGAGUCCAACCGGCUCCUGUCGGCCCGGUCCAGCGUGGACUCUGAGGCCACCGCGCGGACGGAAGGCCAACCCAACGAGUACUUCUGCUAG